AUGAACAGACGAAGAAGCUCUGUCCGGGUUCCUCGGGCCGAACAACAAAAGUACAUGCAAAAUAAACGUGACAAACAGGACAUGGAGACGUUUCAAACUUUUGUCCUUGUGUCACUGUUGAACUCGUUUUGUGGGGUGGUCAUUGCCAAGUCUCGCAAAGUCCCGUCGUUGACAGUACCACAGCCACAAGUCAAAAAAUUACUCUUCCCCGAAGGGGAAAUCAACCUCUUCAAACUGGCACAGGAUUAUAGCAAAAACCUUUUCGACGCCGAUUUGCAAAACGGAAUGAAAAGGGACAGUGCUAUGAGAAGGUUAGAGAAAAACAGAAAAACAUUCGUCCACAACAUGAUGUUUGAUUUAUUGCUCGAGAAGGGAUUUUUCUUUAACUCAACACUGUCGAGAAAGACUAAAAAGACUCUCAGGAUGGAAAGAAUUACAACAAUUUUUCUUGAGGGAAUGUUGUUUUUGCACCACGAAGAAAUGAUCGACCUUGGGAAGGAGGUGCUUGACGAAAUCGAUGCCAGACUCUUCGGUAAAAAGGAGAUUUGUAUUGAGGCAAACGAUCCAACGAUUAUGACUCUGACAAUAGAGAAGAGUACAUGUGCCUCUCUCUGA